UUUUUUUUAAAGUUAGUUUUUAUAGUGUUAGGUAUAAUGGCUCUUUCAGCUGAGGAUACACAGACUGCUGGUGCUGUUUGGGAAAAGAUUUAUGCAGAUGUUGAGGAUAAUGGUGCUGUUGUGUUAAGUAGAAUGUUCAAAGAACACCAUCAUACUUUGAGCUACUUUAAAAAUUCUACACAGCUGCAGUCUGUUGCUGAGACUGCUUCUGCUGAGGAGAUUGCAGCCCUGGCUGAGGUUCAAGCCCAUGGGAAGAAAGUUUUCUCAGCCUUGAAUGAUAUGGUGCCACAUUUAAACAAUGUGGAUGCUUUAAAAGAAACUAUUGCUCCAUUAGCAAAGAAGCAUGCUACAGAGCUUAAAGUAGAUGUGAAGGACUUUGGGAUAAUAUUUUUGUUUGGAACUUUGUGGACUCAAUUCGCUAUCCUCCUCUUGCCAUUAAGGGCAUUUGGAAUUUUAACCUUUGAAAAGUUCUUAUAA